AAACAUAAAAUAAAAUUUCCCAUUUUUCGAAUGUAAAUUUAGACGAUGACUUAAUAUUAUUGUAUAACCACGCAAAAGCGAUACAAUUACAAACCACAAUAUUUAUUUAACUGAUAGUAGGCAUAACUUUGUUUUGAAUCCGUCGGUCAAUCAAAGGAUCGGGUUCCGGUUCGGGUCUUACGGGUGUUCAGUUCAAAUACCUACCUACUUCAAGCCGCGUCGCAACAACCCGUGACCCGAAUGAUCGAAAUGAUCGAAUCAUUGAGACCCGAUCUCCAUAAGUAUGGGUCGCGAUCGACCCGGGUUUUAUGAAACGAUCGAAUUACACAGGUCUAGUUUUCUCCUCGGUUUUUGCCAGGGUUCCCAACUUAGGGGUUUUCCCCCCAGAUUUAGGGGGCAAAUAAGUGAAAUGGGAUUUUUUUAGGGGUCUGAAAUUUUUAGGGGUAUUUUCAGGGAUUUUUUGACUCUUUAAUAUUUUUAAAUUGAUGAUAAUUUUAAUAUUUCUUUCUUGACCUAGCGACUUAUAACGACGUAUAAUACGUUACUCUACAACCACUCUGAGGCAACUGGCGGCAAUCUUCAUCGAAUAAAAAAAAUUGUUACAUUUAUUCAUUGUCAACAUAUCUAUUGUAUGAUUUCAAAAAAUCUGAAUCUUCAGAUAAAGACGUAAUAUUUUGUCUGUAUUAAAUAUAGACUUUUGAAACAUAUUAUUUCUAAAUUAUUAUGAAUUUAUAUUUUUAGGGGGACAACUCAAUAAUUAAGGCGAUUUUAGUGGUUUUUGACACAAACUUUAGGGAUAAAUAUUUUGGAGAGUUGGUAACACUGGUUUUUGCUUUGAGUCGAGAUCCUGAAUAAUCUACUGGCCUCCUUGCUACCAGUGACUGUUUCUGUGAGAAACUCAACGUAUUAUCAUGUCUCAAGUGAGAAAGUGUUGUGUUGUUGCUUGCAAUGCUACCAGCGAGACUCAUCGUCUUUUUUACUUGCCAAAGAACGAUAAAUUACGAGAAUUGUGGUUGACUUUCUUGAUUCCUGUGAAUGUAAAGCUCAGUGGUUUGUCGAAGGCACAAUUAGUGACUAAACAAGUAUGCCAAAAGCACUUCGACAGACAUCAGUUUGACAAUCAGGGCAACCGGCUUGCGCAUGGUUAUCCAUGCUUGUUUACUGAAGAUGAAAUACUUCACGGAGUUCCUUUGAGCACAUUAGCUGAACAUGACUUGAGGGAUCAUAAUUAUGCUUUACAACCAACCAACUUGGAAGAUACAACCGUUUUCACUGAAAGUACCAUUGUUAUUGCUAAAGACUCCAUGAAAGAUCAUGACUAUGCUUUGAGUUAUCAAAUCGAAGGGUCUGUCGACCUUGCAGAAGGGACAUCAACUAAUGUGAAAACUGACGGUAAAUGUAAUCCUACUGUAUCAGAAAUGCAAACACAUGAAACAUUGGAAAUUCUUGACAACCAGCCUGUAUCAAUAUUAGGAACUGUAUCAACAGAUUUGAAACACAGUGGGCAGCAAAUUAAAAGUAAAGGAACACCAAGGAAAUAUCUUGUUAAAGGAAGAGGAGAUUUGGAAUAUGCCCUAUAACUGCAGACUCCAAUAUUGCAAAUAGCACCUGCAAUACAGUGGAAUAACAUAUUGGUGUGCUGAAGAAAAGAUGGCAAAGGCUUUUAGCUGAUAGGAUAUUGUAAUGAUGACCCUGUUCUGUUCAAAUCAUAAAUGUGUGUGUAUUAUCAAAAUAUUUGCAUAGAUUGUGAAAUGCUGAUGAUAUUUAAUUUGGUUGGAUUUUGAUAUUUGAAAAUAAAAGAAUACUUACUUUGC